AUACCGCCCCCUCCUCUAUCCUCCGGUACAUACGGAGAACACGGAGGAGACGCGUACGUACAGAGCUGCCAUCGGAGGGAAUAUUCCGUUUUUGUUUAUAGGAAGUCUCCGAAACCUGCUGGAACAACAAGAUGGAUGAAAUGGAAGAGGAGUUAAAAUGCCCGGUGUGCGGCUCAUUUUUCCGCGAGCCGAUCAUCCUGCCGUGCUCGCAUAAUAUCUGCCUGGCCUGCGCGAGAAACAUCCUGGUGCAGACGCCCGACGCCGAAUCCCCGCAGAGCAGCCGCGCGUCAGGCUCCGAUUAUGAUUACUUAGACCUGGAUAAGAUGAGUCUGUACAGCGAGGCGGACAGCGGAUACGGCUCUUACGGAGGGUUCGUGAGCGCACCGACCACCCCGUGCCAAAAGUCCCCCAACGGGGUGCGCGUUUUCCCCCCUAGCGUGCCUCAUCCGCCCCAGGCGCAACACCACCUGCUGCCUCACACCGGCGUCCUGCCGCCUGUCCCGCGAAACUCCUGCCUCACCUGCCCGCAGUGCCAUCGCAGCCUGACGCUGGAUGACCGGGGGCUCCGGGGCUUCCCCAAGAACCGUGUUCUGGAGGGGGUUGUGGACCGGUACCAGCAGAGUAAAGCGGCCGCGCUUAAGUGCCAGCUGUGUGAGAAGAGCCCCCGCGAGGCGACGGUCAUGUGCGAGCAGUGCGACGUGUUCUACUGCGACCCGUGCCGCCUACGGUGCCACCCGCCCCGGGGUCCACUAGCCAAACACCGUCUCGUACCGCCGGCGCAAGGCAGAAUCAGCCGCCGCGCGAGUCCCCGGAAGAUCUCCACCUGCACCGAGCACGAGCUGGAGAACCUGAGUAUGUACUGCGUCCAGUGUAAGACCCCCGUGUGCUACCAGUGUCUGGAGGACGGCAAACACUCCACUCAUGAGGUCAAAGCUCUGGGGGCCAUGUGGAAGCUCCACAAGGGACAGCUCUCUCAAGCUCUGAAUGUUCUGUCUGAUCGAGCCACAGAGGCCAAAGAGUUCCUGGUGCAGCUCAGAAAUAUGGUACAACACAUACAGGAGAAUGGAGUUGAAUUUGAGGCUUGUUUGGUCGCACAGUGUGAUGCUCUAAUUGAAGCUCUCAACCGCAGGAAAGCUCAGCUUCUCAGCAGAGUAACCAAAGAACAUGAACACAAACUCUCAGUGGUUCGUGAUCAGAUAUCCCACUGCACGGUGAAGUUGAGGCAGACCACAGGACUAAUGGAAUACUGUCUGGAAGUUAUCAAAGAAAAUGACCCCAGCGGCUUCCUGCAGAUUUCAGAUGCUUUGAUAAGACGGGUCCAUAUGACGGAGAAUCAGUGGGGGAAGGGCUCUCUGACCCCUCGCAUGAGCAGUGACUUUGACCUGACGCUGGACAGCGGUCCCCUGCUGCAGACCAUACACCAGUUAGACUUCGUCCAGAUGAAGGUUCCAGCCGCUCCUAUUCUUCAGUUAGAGGAGUGCUGUACUCAAACCAACAGUGCGACUCUGUCGUGGAAACAGCCGCCUCUCUCCAACAUUGCUGUGGAUGGCUACAUUUUAGAACUGGAUGAUGGGAAUGGAGGCCAGUUCAGAGAAGUGUAUGUUGGUACAGAGAUGAUAUGCACUGUGGAUGGUCUACACUUCAACAGCGCUUAUAAAUCUCGUGUUAAAGCGUAUAAUUCCAGUGGAGUCGGCCAGUACAGCAAAACGCUUGUCAUGCAGACAUCAGAGGUGAGUCCACCUUCAUAUGGUAGUAAAACUCUGGCAGAAGUUGCCUGGUUCACCUUUGACCCUGCAUCGGCCCACCCUGACAUCAUCUUGUCUAACGACAACCUCACGGUGACGUGUAACAGUUACGAUGACCGUGUUGUCAUGGGCAACACAGGGUUCUCUCGUGGCGUGCACUACUGGGAGAUGACCAUCGAUCGAUAUGAUAAUCACCCCGACCCUGCGUUUGGAAUCGCCCGUGCGGAUGUCAUGAAGGAUGUGAUGCUGGGGAAGGAUGACAAAGCCUGGGCCAUGUAUGUGGACAACAACCGCUCCUGGUUCAUGCAUAACAACUCGCACACCAAUCGUACGGAUGGAGGAAUAAGUAAAGGAGCAACUGUGGGUGUGCUGCUGGAUUUCACUCGUGGGAUUCUGUUGUUUUUGAUAAAUGAUGAGCAACAGGGACCCGUUGCCUUCAACACACUGGAGGGCAUGUACUACCCGGCCAUCAGCCUCAACCGCAAUGUUCAGGUGACUCUUCAUUCUGGUCUGCCUAUUCCUGAUUUUUAUACACCUGGAGAAUCUGAAGCUGCAGGCUCAGUCUGCUGAAGAGUCAUUACAACUGAUACACACUCAUAGACAAACACACACGCACAGACAAGUGUGCAUGGAUUCAGCUGUGAGUGCUUUGCGGGGGAAUUGCUGCAGACUGUCAUUAAUUCAUUUGAACAAGGUCUGAGAGCUCUGAAAUGUAAAUGGACGUGUUCUAUGUGAGGGUUAGUGUUAACUUAACCUGAACCAUAACUCUGACCCUGAUGUAAGUGAGGUAAUUGAUAUUGAAAUUCUUGAAUCAUUUCCCUUUCUCUUUCUUACACUUUUUCUAGAUAUGAUUAUUAUUAUUAAUGUUGUCAUUGUUGUUUUUAUGGAAAAGGUGCUCAUGGAUGUGAUCUCCCAGAUUACUGGUUAUGAACAGAUGUUUGUCUGUUGUUUCAUGAUAAAAUCCUCUGUGUGAAGUUAAGCUUAGAAAUAAGUUACUGAUGUGUUAGACCUUAGAGGAUGCAUUUUACAUUACAUAAACAUGUUCUGUUGCGUAUAAAGGUCAUUUUAACUGCUGAUGGGGACAGAAACUAGAGUAAAAUAUCUAAUGUUACAACCUCCUCGUGUAUAUUAUGCCUCAGUUAAUGUUAUAUAUCCUAAACCGUACCCUGAAACUCAAACUGUAAACCCUGAGCCAAACCCGAUCCCUAAACCUAAACUCUGUCAUCUUACACCUCAAUCAACAUGAGAAAUUUCCAGCCUUCCUACCACAUUCACAGUGGAUGAUCAAACAUACAUUUGGGACAUAUAAGACAAUUCCAGAAUGAGCUGAAUGUGUGUCAGUGAGGAGGUAAUGGCUUUCUGUUUGUUGAACAGAAUAGAAAACACUAAUUGAAACAAAUACAUGCACACACACAGGCAUUUUCACAGCCUUGCGUGUCGUUUUAUGGAGAGAUGAUAAUGAAUAAAUGUUUUGUUUCUCUCUCUUUGUUUGAUUUCUCCAUUGCUGCCUCAAAUCUGCACAAGCUUAACGCAAAUGCUAAACAAAUAUCUGGUGCUGCUUAUGUUCAAUGUGAGAAAAUAUUGCAAUAUAAAAGAAUAGAGCUGCAAAUCCAAAAGAGAGAGGACUUUAAACGAGACCAUACAUUGUAGCUGCUUGAAGCAUUGGCUAUUAGUUUACCAUAAAGGAUGCACUUUUGCAUUAAGAAAAAUAUUUAAAAUCCCACUGGUGGGGUUAGAAUAUGGAGCAGGUGCUGUACUUUAUCUGUUUGUUGAGCAGAUGGUUUAUGCUCAACAAACAAUUGAAUGUGUGGGUGCAGUGAGGGAAAAUUUCACCCAUUGUAAAUUGUAUUUUUUAAUAAAUGAAUCCCAAUAUAACAAAUGUAUUAUUAUUAUUAUCAUUAUUAUUAUUCAUAUUGUGUCUGAAUUGUUGUUAUCUGUAAAGUUCUAUGCUCAAUAAACUGGAUUAGGUGCAAUAUAAA